AUGGAUUCUCACAUGAGAGGCACCUUGUGGACGACACUCGUCGUCUUCACACUGCCACACCUCACGUACUCACUCUGCCCUGGCGGCUGCCUGUGUGAGUCUAACGGUAAUGUUGAUUGUGUAGGCGACAACAUCACAGAUAUACCAAAGCAGCUGCCUGUCCACACAUACCGACUGCAGCUUAAUGAAACGAACAUGCACAUCAUAAAUGAGCAGAGCUUGGCAAACCAGACGCUCCUGUUGCGUUUCCUUCUGGUUCGCAGCCAACUCCACACGAUCCAUCCCAAAGCCUUCCAUGUUGCUCCACAGCUCAAGUCUGUCAAGCUGUCGUGCAAUAAUCUCUCCACCCUCAGUGCUCGAGUCUUCAGUCCUCUGACCUCUCUGGAGCAGCUGAGUUUAGAUGAGAACCAGUUGAAGGACAUAGCUCCGGAUAUGUUUGAAGGACUUGUAAAUUUGCAGCAACUGGACCUGAGCCGUAACAACCUGAAUAGUCCUGCUUCCAAUAUUUUCGACGGACUGACCAACCUCACCUUCCUGCACCUUGGCAGGAACUCCAUAAAGAAGUUUCCAUCAACCAUCUUUCACGGCUUGACUAAUCUUCGCAAACUCAUUAUCUAUAACAACAAGCUGGAGGUGCUAGAAGCUGGGAUGUUUGAUGACCUUGUCAACCUUGUGGAGCUAAAAAUGAAUUCUAACAAGAUAACCAGCCUCCCACCUCAAGUCUUCUGGUCACUGAGGAACCUGGAGCAGCUGACACUGUCCUCCAACAAACUUCAGGCGAUCCCGGAAAAAAGCUUCUACAACAUGCCCAAGCUGAUCACGCUUACCAUUUCUAACAAUCCUCUAUUAUCUCUACCAUACCAGCUAAUGGGUCACAUGCCUGACAUGAUUGAAUUGUAUCUGUAUUACACCAACCUCACCGCAGUUCCUGGAAGCUUGUUUGCCAACAUGUCUGGACUCCAGAGGCUUAACCUUCAUUUUAAUAACAAGCUGAGGGAGUUGCCCUCAGACCUCUUCUGCUGCGUUCCUAAGCUGGUGAAGCUCUCGUUGAAAUCCAACGACCUCCAUUAUCUACAUCCUCAGCUGUUCUCCAGUCUUACCACACUGGACAUCCUGCUUCUUAAUAACAAUAAGCUGCAAAACCUGUCAGAUAACAUUUUCCACGGCCUUGAACGUGUUCUGGCAAUUAAUUUAAUGAAUAACCGCCUCAAGAAUCUUCCAGGAGAUAUUUUCUUGUCAAACACAGUUCUGAGGGUUCUUACUCUGAGUGGCAACCCCUGGAACUGUGUUUGUAGUAUCGGAGGUAUUGCCAAAUGGAUAAGACGUAAUGAGCGUGUGGUUCUUGACAAAGAUGAUGUGAAGUGUGAUAGUCCAGUGAACCGACAGCACCAAACCGUUGGCUCCCUGCAUGAUGAGGUUUACAACCUUUGUGAUAAUACAAGAAUCCGGUUGAGAUAUUUUUCUACACAAGAACCAACAACACAUAUCAUUUCGACCAGCAGACAAGCUUCAGCUAUAGCUCCAACAACCACACCGCCCACAACAACAUCGACAAGCAGACUAACUUCAGCUAUAGCUCCGACAACCACACCACCCACAACAACAUCGACCAGCAGACUAACUUCAGCUUCGACAACCACACCGCCCACAACAUCGGCCACCAUUCAACUAGCUCUCCAACACGUCACCAUCCAAACACCCAUUUCAACUACAAAACCCUCUGCCGUACAUACAACGAGCCCACCAACCACUCUUCAAUUUCCCACCACCACUCUGCCUGGCGAGGAGUUUCUUCUCAUCAGCGAGACUCCUUCGUCUCAUUCCACGUCACCUACUUUCUAUAACACAAUGGUGUUUGAACAGGGGCCCGAGUUUGUUCACCACAACGUUCACAAGGGCUGGGUGUACGUGUGGUUUCUGCCCUCAGAUGCAGCCUUGACCGGGCUCCUCAUGUUCUGUUACACCCUUCUUGUGGCCGCAGGCUUCUUCCUCAUUCUCGCUGCCAUGUUUUACAUGCAUCGCCUCAACAAGACCCUGGAGGAGCUGAAGGCUGAGUUUGAACGUCUUCCAGGAAUCAUGGACCAGCCCCUGACACUUCCCGUGCUCCUACUUCUUUGUUCGAUCACCGCUGUUGUUUGGGCGUGUCCGGAGGGAUGUAAAUGUCAAGGAACCAGAAUCCUCUGCAGUGGCCUCUCAGACUUCCCCACAGAUGUGCCCUCAUCUACCACAGCCCUCUACUUCUCCAAUUGCAGUAUCUAUUUCUUGAAACCAGAGGUAUUAAAAGAUUUUUCAAAUACCCUUAGCAUCCUUGUGAUUAAAGACACCGUUUUGAGGGAAGUGCGCGCCGGCACAUUUAAUUCCACUCCGAACAUAAAUGCCAUCGGAUUUACGACCACCGAACUGCAAGAUCUACCUGAGACCUUGUUCCAAAAUCUACAGAAGCUUGAGACUCUGAAUCUGAAGGACAACAAGCUCAUCGUACUCCGCCCUGACUGGUUUUCUCCAUUGGCCAAGCUGAAAAACCUUGACCUCAGUAAGAACCUUUUCAUUUCUGUACCUCAGGAAACUUUUCACCCUCUUACUGAGCUGCAAUACCUUCUUCUUUCGGGGAAUAAUAUCGGACAACUACCGAAAGAGACAUUUAUGGGGCUUUCUAAGCUGAAAACCUUACGGAUUAAUAAAAAUUUGCUGCAGGAACUACCCCUUGGCAGUUUGGAUGAUCUUGGCAACCUGGAGGAACUAUCCCUACAUGACAAUCUUAUCACUCAUCUCCACCCUGAUCUGUUCUCCAACACUUUAAAACUCAAGAAGCUGUUCAUCUCCCACAACAGGCUCACAACUCUCCCACAAGGGAUCUUCUUAAACCUGCCCCUUCUUUCCCAGAUCUCCCUGUAUGAAAACCAACUGGAGAGUCUGGGACCAGGAGUGUUUGGGCCCAUGGGCCUGCAAGAGUUGUGGCUGUAUGACAACAAGCUGAGCCACAUAGAGGAUGACACAUUCAGGAACCUGACUCAGUUGCGUCUCCUGGUCCUCAGUCGCAAUCAGAUCAGCUCUGUAUCCACCGGGGCCUUUGGAGGAUUGGAGCAGCUGGGAGAGAUAUCACUUCACACCAAUCUGCUAACAACCCUGCAAUCUGGGGUUUUCCAAGGGUUGCCACAUCUGGUCAACAUUUCCUUAGAGCACAACACCAUCAGCUCCCUACCCUUGGGGUUUCUACAAGGCCUGAGUAGCCUGGGACAGAUAGACCUGCAUAAUAACUCCCUUCCCAACCUGCCACAGGAGAGUCUAGAUGCCCUCACUGUCGCAAAGGAAGUUCUUUUGCAGCAGAACCCCUGGAGGUGUGACAGAGAUAUUCUGCCACUAAAAAAAUGGCUGACACAACACCCAUCCAAGACCAACAAAACACUUGUAGUCUGUGAAACACCUUUCAGUCUGAACGGUGAGAUAAUUGCUCUGCUAGCAGAUGAGAACUUUCUGCCUCUCAGCUCUUCGGAGGAGCCCGUGUUGACCUCAACCGAGAAGAGUAAGAAACCCCCCCCUCCUCCAACUAGACAAAGCACUUCUUCACCUGCGGUCAAGUCAACCCCCACAUCAGAGCGCGAGCAGGUCACCAGUGGAGGCCAAGGAGAGACAGGAGCAGCUUCUAAUGAUACUUCGAUCAUCCUCAUCGCCAUUGCUGUAAUAUCCACUGUCAUCAUCAGCACUGUCAUCAUCAGCUGUGUGUGCUGGAAGAGGAACAAGAGAGGCAGAGGAAAUAUAGACCGCAGUAAUAAGAACUCUGUGCUGUAGCUUAGACCACCCAAUUUUAGCGACCCAAGAACGUUUUAAGCCAAGGGAAAGUACUCAAUGAUUACUGUGGUUUAAUUGUAAAGUGUGAAGAUCAGAGUUGAUUUUAGAAUCUCAGAGGCAACAGAAAUAAUCUCGGCAGCUUCAUUCAGAUGUACCAGCUAGAACAAACAAGUCAACUUUUGAAUUCAUUAGCUUUCACUUUUAAUGAUCAGAUGUACCAGCCAGCAUUCCUCUUCAUGUGUGUUGUAAAAGAGAACUGACAUUGCAUGUACUAAUGGUGAAAACACCCAGACUGCCAUCUUGUGGGCAACCUGAAAAUGUUGGUGAAUCACAUGCACUGAAAAGGUGCACUUCUUAUAGCAUAAUUAAGACUGCGUGCAGUAUUAGUUUUCAAUUUUUCAGAAUUAGUCAUUGCAGUUUGACAAAGGGUUUCUGUGUUAACAACAAUACUUAAAGGAGAAAGUUUUACUUUUAUGCAAAAUGGUUAUCCAUUAAAAAUCAAAACAUGUAAUUUUGACUCCACUAGUCCACUGUAACACAAAUCCAAUGGUUUCAACACCUUCAAUUUCAAAAUGCUAUAUGUUGAAUAAAUGCAGUCCUUUUAGUGGGAGAAAUCUUA